UUUUUUGUUUCUUCAGUGGAGGCGGUGAAGACUGGAGCUGGCUUUUGCUCCAAAUGCAGGUCUUCCACCUACAACUUGUUCUCUGUCUGAUUUGUGUAGUAUCAGCAGAGUAUAAGAAUUAUGACGGGUUCAAAGUUCUAGAAGUCAAUUAUGGAAAUCCACGUGUCAAAAACUAUAUUCAAAAGCUCGAGGAGCAUCUAGGAUUUAUGCCAGAUUUUCUUGGCGAAAACUGGAAACAAAAGCAGGCUCACUACUUCAUUGACAAAGAUUCGGUGGAAAAAGUGAAGAUCAACCUGGCUGAUAACAAUAUCACUUAUCACAUGAGAGAUGUAAACCCGCAAAUAUUCAAAGUUCGUAGAAGACGUGAUCUCAAUGGGGCUGUCAGUAUACAUGAUGUAAAUACGAGAUAUUUGAGUUAUGACGAGCAAAUGAAAUUCUUGAACUCCCUUGCUCAACAAUAUCCGAAUGAUGUGAAGCUUCAAAAUAUCGGAAACUCAUAUGAAGGACGUUCUAUUACAGCUGUCCGGAUAGCAGAUGACGGGUCAAGUAAGCCAAUUGUUUGGAUUGACGCAGGAAUUCACGCACGUGAAUGGAUCUCAUAUAAUGUGGCACUUUAUUUGAUUUAUACGAUUGUGAGCCAGCCAGCUUAUCGUAACCUUCUCGACUCUGUCCAACUUGUCGUAGUCCCAAACACAAACCCCGAUGGAUAUGAAUACAGCCGAACCAAUGAUCGAAUGUGGCGAAAGACACGUUCUCGCUUCACAAACAGCCGAUGCGCUGGAGCCGACGCCAAUCGGAACUAUCCAUUCUAUUGGGGUACACAGGGAGUCAGUCAUUCACAGUGUUCGGAAAUCUUCUGCGGUUCUCGUCCACAAUCCGAGCCAGAAGUGUUGGCACUGACGAAUGCGAUUAUAAGAGAUGAGGAGAGGAUUAAGGGAUACAUUGCGUUGCAUUCGUACGGACAAGAGAUAUUGUAUCCAUGGGGACACACACAACGAACCUAUCCAACUGAUGUGCAGGAUUUGAUUCAGGUUGGUCGAGCAAUGGCAUCUGCUAUCCGUGCAGUCAACAAUACGGAUUAUACAGUUGUAAACUCUGGAGAUGGCCUUUAUCCUGCCGCUGGAGCAUCAGAUGAUUGGGCAAAGUCUCGUGGAAUCAAGUACUCCUACACCAUCGAGCUCUCUCCAAUUGAUGAUUUCACUGGAUUCUCCCUCCCAGAAGAUCGGAUCAAUCAAGUGUGCCGAGAAGCAUUCCAGGCUAUUCAAGUUCUCAUGAUCGAGGUCAAGUCCAAGUUCGGAUUCAAACAAAUGACGUCAUCAACUGCAUCAUCUGCUCAAUCGACACUAUUACUGAAUCGCUUACGGACAAUCGGAAAUCGUGGAUUUGGUCGUGGGAGGUAGAAGUCAAACGGAGUAGCAGGAAGAAGAGAGGAACGGGUUUUUAAAAAUGACAUUUUCAGUUGUUUUGUUUUAAUUGUUUCUAACAAAGGGUUAAAAAUAAAAAUUUUAAUUUACUU